AUGGCACGCCUUAACGGGACACGACUCGGUGCUUUCCGUGCAUACUUUUUCGGUUUCUUUGUCUGUACGGCUGGUUUCUUGUUUGGUUAUGACACGGGCAUUGUCGGUGGAAUUCUUACAUUCCAAUCCUACAAGGAUGACUUCAGAUACACCGACAAGACCACCGUGAGCGCCGUCAUGGUCAGCUUGCAGAAUGUCGGCGCCUUCCUCGCCGCACUAUUCAUCUUCCCCAUCUCCGAGCGCUACGGCCGCAAAAAGACCGUCCAGGUCGCCAUGUCUAUUUUCUGCGUCGGUGUCAUCUUGCAAGUUGUGCCGUCGCAUUCCCUGGUGUGCUUCUAUAUUGGCCGUUUCGUCUCGGGUCUGGGUCUUGGUGGAGGUACAGCCGUUGUGCCGUCGUAUAACGCGGAGAUGGCACCCAAGGAGAUUCGUGGUAUGCUGGGAUCUGGUGUCCAGUGGCUCUUUGCGCUUGGUGUUAUGAUUAGUUACUGGAUUGAUUAUGCGGUUCAGCAGACUUUGCCCGUCUCCUCAAAGCAGUGGCAGAUCCCAGUCGGUCUGCAGCUGGUCCCGGCGACUGUCCUGGCUCUUGGUUUAUUCACUCAGCCUGAGAGUGUGCGUUGGCUGGCCAAGAAGGAGCGUUACGAAGAGGCAUGGCAGAGUCUGACUUGGAUGCGUGCUAGUGAGGGCCCUGAGGUUAGAGCCGAGUUCAACGAAAUCCGCACUGGCCUGAUCGAAGAGCUCCGUGCCACCGAUGGCCUCAAGAAGCGUGAGCUCCUCGAGCCUGCGAACCGCUACCGUCUAGCCCUCGCCGUAUUCAUCUUCUGUGGCCAGCAGUGCACAGGCAUGACCGCGCUCGCCUACUUCGGCCCGCAAUUCUUCAAGCUCCUAGUCGGCAACGACAGCAGCCGAAAUUUGCUAAUUACUGGUCUCUUCGGUGCCGAGAAGUUUGUCACUGUCGGUACCUACAUCCUCUUCUUCUCCGAGAGGUGGGGACGGAAACCUACGCUUUGGAUCUCAGCGCUGCUUAUGUCGGUGUGCUUCGUCAUUGUCACGGUGGUCAAUAAUACUACGCCGAAGCCCCAGCAGGAGGUUACUUCUGCGGGUAUUGCGACGGUGGCGAUGAUCUUCCUUACCAAUUCGAUCUACCAGUUUAGCUGGGGACCGUUGCCGUGGCCCUAUACCACCGAGAUCUUCCCCUCCCGCAUCCGAGAAGUCGGCACCUCCGUCGCCGUCGCCACACAAUGGCUCUUCAACUUCCUCUUCUCCCUCGUAACCCCCUACAUGCAAGACUCCUGGGGAAGCUACACCUUCCUCUUCUACGCAGCACUAGACGUGAUCAUGGCCAUUAUCGUCUGGUUCUUCGUGAAGGAAACCAAGGGUAAAAGUCUGGAGGAGAUGGAGACGAUUUUCAAUAGCAAGGCUGCGUUUGAUGUCGAGGUUGCGAGGCAUGAGGGCCAGGAACUUCCGGCGGAUAAUGUUUCUGCGUUGGAUGUUCAUCAUAAGGGGGAUGGGAGUGCGAAGGGGUCUGAUUCGUCGGACAAAGAUGCUAGUUGA